CUACUCCUUCAAUGUCGACGGAGGUGACUGGCCUUCGUCGGCGUCUAGCAGUCUUCAAGCCACUCAACUCUUCACCCGUUUCUGACCUGCGUGUCAUGCAUGAGGACGAUCAUGGUGGCAAAGACCACGAUGCAGAGGACAUCAGCCCGGAGGAACCGUGCAGUGAGAGCGAAUAUGAACUUGCAAGCCCUAGCACAGACGCGUCGGGUCAGGAUAAUAUAACCAUUGCCCAUGCCACGACGUCAGAAGAGAAGCCGCCUCCUAUCCAGUCAGAGGUGGCGGAUUCAACCCAUAAGCUCCCUCCUCGUAUGUCAACGAGCGCGCCUCAAACACGCUUUCGUGCUCAACAACGUGGCACGACUAGUUUCCGCAGUGCGAGGCGGGAGCGCGACAAUGUAUCACCGUCUAGUUCGUCCUGGUUCGGAUUCGACCUGUCUAUUAUCGUUGCCCUGGUGUCACCCAUAGGCAACAUCUUGACUGGGAACGAUCAUAUCAAGAAUAUUCUUUUAAUUUUGCUGCUUAUUUAUUACUUGCACGAGCUCGUUGAAGUUCCGUGGAAGUUGUACCGCAUGUCAAUCCCUUCGGAACGAUUUCAUACUCCACCCGCGAAGGAUGCACACCCCAUAAAGGCUUCGGCUUACUCCGAGCUUCGAUCUCUCGAACUAUUCUAUCUUGUCCUUACCGUUCUUUCUCCUUUCCUCGGUGCGACUCUACUCAAGUAUGUCGCGACUUCGAUUUCCGGAAAUCCAAAUACUUUGUCCUGGUUCAGUACUUCGCUGUUCGUUCUAGCGACUGGCAUACGCCCAUGGACACAUCUUUCAGAGCGCCUCAAAGAUCGCAGCCGUGCACUGACGACACUUCUUGAAGAAUCCCGUGAAGACACAGAAAAGUCUGCAGAGUAUGAGGAUCCAAAGGCGGAAUUCGACAGCGAAAUUUCGGACCUUCGUGGAAAAUUCACUUCGAUGGACAAGCGUCUGGUAGAUUUGAACGGUUCAUUUUCUCGCGAAUGGGAUGAACUUGCGGACGCCAUUGACGCCAUUGAUACGAGUAUUAAACGUCAUCAGGCAGAGGCGUUCACAAAAUCUCAGGACUGGGAAGCACGACUUAGCGUCUUGGAAACAUACGUACUUGACCUUCAUGCGAAGGACCGCAAAACUCGCAUACAUUCGGAUGACUCUUAUAUGCGUGGUGCACGGUUGCGAGCUAUCUUCUGGGACGUGCUCGCACUACCGUGGACUAUCUCAGCGAUUGCUUGGGCCUUUGCUUCGAGGCUCGUUGACAAAUUCGCUGAAGAAGUUAAUCCACAUCGCCGUGCUCCAGUGGUGGACAAACUUACUACUCCGUCUCGCUCAAAGUUUCGUGCCCCGGCAUUGGAGACUAUCAUCGAAGAAGAUGUAGAUGGCCAAGAUCAUAGUCCACAGAAUGGUUUCAUCGCAACCGACUCUAGUCAGACGCUCGUAUUGGAGGCCACGCAGAAUCACGACGAUAUCGUCGAAGUGGGUUUGAACUUCGCCGUACGCCUUUGUGCCUCUGUAUUCUGGCCUCUGCUUUUUACUGCUCGUAUGAUGCUGUAUUUCCUCAAUUUGCCCCGAUCGGCUCUUCGUGCCAUUGUUCAUUAGUGUGUAUUUCCGGUGUUGUAUUUUUUUUUGUACGGGUCGUCUUUUAUCAUCACUCAGCAUCUUUUCAAUCACUUCUGCAAGUACUGUAUUAUUGAGUCCUUUUUGAUGGACCUGAUUGUUGUACCAAACGCCUUCUUUCUCAUGUGUUAGUUGUGGUAUUGCCUCCCAAGCUUGUUGUUCC